UCUUCUUCUUCUUCUUCUUCUUCUUCUUCUUCUUCUUCUUCUUCUUCUUCAUGCUCUACAGGAUGAAAAAAGCGCUAACGUUUGGGCUAACUCUCGUCCGACAUGGGGAAACAAUUUAUAACAAAAAAGGACUGUUACAAGGCCAGGCGAUAGACUCCCCCUUAUCUGAAGCUGGGCUGCAGCAGGCCGAAGCUGCAGGACUCUAUCUGAAAGACGUUGUGUUCAGCAACGUGUUCGUCAGCGAUAUGCUGCGGGCACGACAGACAGCUGAACAGAUAAUGCAGCACAACAGCAGCUGUUUGGGUCUACAAAUGGUGUGUGACCCGUUACUCAAAGAGAAAAGCUUUGGGACCGCUGAGGGGGGACAGGUUCAGGACUUUAAAAAGAUGGCCAAGGCAGCGGGUGAGCCGUUUCCAGACUUCACCCCUCCAGGUGGGGAGACUCAGGAACAGGUAACGGAGCGAGUCAGAACAUUUUGGGAGAAAAUGCUUCAACAAAUGGGGGCCGAACACUGGAACGACAGAGACCGGGAGGAGCUCAGGUCCGCCGCCAUGCCCCCAGAACCGCCUCCUGUCGAGGGGAGAGCAGACGACGGUGUGAGGGAUGUCCCGCUCCACGCGUUAGUCAUUACCCACGGAGCGCUGAUGCGUGUGGCGCUGCGCUACGUCGUGCAGGAGCUGAACUGCAGCUUGCCUUGGGGUUGUGACGAGGUACACAUGUUCUCUUUAAGUCCAAACACGGGACUGAGCCGCUUUACUCUGACCGUUACAAAACAGGGUGACAGGUUCGUUCUGUUAGACAUCCGCUGUGUGUUCGUCUACAGGACGGAUCAUAUUAAAACAUAGGAUCUGCUUUUUAUUAUUAUUUCAGGAACAAAAUACAGAAAACUUAUUUUAUCAAAUAUUUACAGGUAGAAAAUGAACUGUAGAAGCACCAUUUGUUGAAAACAAUUGAAAAUAUAUUUAUUUGCAGCAAAGAAAUACUUAAUAUAACUC